AAUUUUUGUGCGCUACUGACUUGGCCGCCUAAACAAAUUACUUCUUUAGUGAGACUGACUGUAGAUGAACAUGCAUGUUUGCAAGAACUUAUUCAGGUUCCUGGAGCUUGCAACGACCAUAUUGGGAGUAACUGUUUCCUAUCCUGGGUUGGUUGUCAUAGCCUGUUCCAUUUCCUCCUUCUUCCCUUCCAGACCACUCAAUCAGACUCCUUGACAAUUUGCCUGUGACGAGUAGCUCCGUAGAAAGGAUAUUUUUCGAGGGGAUGCGCUAAUGGGGGUUAAACGUGAGGUUUCAUGGAAACGGCGGAUCAACUACAAAACACAAUUCCAAAUGAACUGACGGAGUUUAGUUCCUCAGAAAUGAACGCACAUGAUCUUGCACAGCUUCAUGUAUAUGAGCCACCUAAGUGGGCUUCAUCCCUGAAAAACAUUCCAAAGUAUUCGAUCAAGCUUGCACAACGUAACACUCCAAUCCAUUCGUGGAAUCUUCCCAAUGCCCCCAAGGAGUUUUCGAUAUCCAUCAAAAGGGAUGACCUAACUGGAUGUACUUUGUCUGGAAAUAAGGUUCGUAAAUUGGAGUUUACUUUGGCUGAUGCUUUAGAUAAGAAGUGUGACACAGUGAUAACGUGUGGUCGUCUCUCCUCCAAUCAUUGUAGGACUACUGCAGUUGCAGCAAAACAACUUGGUUUCAAUAGCUACUUGCUGCUAAGAAGUUCAGAUCAGAAGACAGUCGCUGUUGGAUGUAAAGGCAAUCUUCUAAUAAGCAGAAUGGCUGGAAGUAAUAUUAUUCUUGUCCCAGAGUUGAAAUAUAAAUCUGGCCUUAAGCCAAUGAUGGAGAAAAUCGCAGAAAAAUUAAGUAAGCAAGGACUAGCCCCAUAUCUGAUAGAGGUUGGAGGAUCUUCAUAUACAGGAUUGUUUGGUUACCUGACAGCAUUUCAGGAAAUGAUGGAUCAAAAUCUACUGGAAGAUUUUGAUGAUAUUGUAAUGACAGCUGCCAGUGGAGGAACUGCAGCAGGAAUUGCCAUAGCUAACUACCUGACAGGUUCAAAACUCAAGUGCCAUGCUGUAAAUGUUUCUGAUAACGAUGCAAAUGUAUACAGCAAGAUAAAUGAAGAACUAAUGGCAGCUGGGCUUCUUGUGGAAGCAGAAGACAUUAUAGAUGUCAUCGGUGGACAUCAUUUGCCGGGAUAUGAAAGACCCUCACAAGAAGAUCUAGAAUACAUUUUAGAGAUUUCCAGUUCUACAGGAGUGUUACUUGACCCAGUGUACAAUAUUAAGACAGUCAGAGGAAUGCUGGCUGAAAUGACCAACAAUCCCAAAAGAUUUAAAGGAAAUAGGAUACUCUUCAUUCAUACUGGUGGAUGUUUCGGUCUAUUUGAUGGUAGAAUUGAUUCUUUACUGACAAGUUCACGAGGUACAGAAUGUAACAAUAACAUUCUCUGCUGGAGAGACAUCGACGAUCCUCUGCCGAUCUGAAUGCAACUAAUUAAAAAGGCUUUGAGUCAUGGUAAAUAAAAGUCAUUGGCUGAUAAGUUUGUAAUGAAUUUCACGCCUUGUAAAAAGUGACUGUUUUUAGGGUUAUACCAGUGGUGCGAUAACCAGAGUGAAGUUUUGUGAUACCGCACUGUAUUACUUGUAUGUAAUGGUGUUUCUUAGUAACAUAUAGGUUUUGUAAAAAAUUCGAAGAAUAUUUAUUAGAUUCAAACGAAUAGAUAAACUGUAUAGUAACGAAGUAGAUGAAGUGGGGCAGUUAGCUACGAUUCGAGUAAAAAAACCUUAAUUGUUUCUUUAUCGAGACCCUUUCUCAGUCUUGCGGGUCUGACUUUAUAAUGCAUGUUCACUGCAGGCGGUGUUUUAUUUUCUCAUUACUUUUAUUAGCUUAAAUGGGGUAUACUGUGAUAGGCUGCUAAAAUAGAAGGAGUGAAUGAGCUAUAGAUUCAAAACAAAGCGUAAAGACAUCGGGUAGAUCGCCUGGAUCAUGAUUGUCGUAAUAGAGUGCUCUUCGACUGAGUGUCGUAAAACCAAACGAAAAGUUAUCAUUGUGUUCACAAAAUUGUUUUCAGUGUCUAUGGCCCCCAUUCAAUCCAGCGGAGCUAUUGAACUGGAUCAACCUGGCAAAAGAUUGCGUAUAAAUAACUAAACAAAUAAUUGAAUAAAUACCUAGAAUGUGCUUUCACAGAAUAAUUUAAUGAAGUCUGGCAUCAAAAUGUUUGUUUCGAUUAGAUAGUUUUCAAUUUCGAUCAGAUUCCCGGUCCGCUUUGGUGUCUCCAUAAAGGCCCAGUGAAACGCAUGCAAACAUUUCAACGUAACAUCUUGCAACAUUGUUGGAUUGUGUUGUGAGAUGUUGUGAA